UGAAGCGGGGAAGUUUUUUGUAUUGACUUGUCAAAAAAUCUCGCCGUCAUGGGGGUUAUUUCCGCCGUAACGGGUCGUCUGAAGGUGGGAAUGUCCCAAAUUGAAUCAAAAUAUUGAUUCUAUGCCCAUAUAUGGUCAAAGCUCCGCCCACUAGAAUCAAUAUUUUGAUGCCUCCAUAUUUUGAUUCCCGCCGCCUAGUUUGCCCAACUGAUUUUACACACAGGGUCCAGGGAUCAGGAUGGGCAUUGGCGGUAACGGCCCAGCACCAUGUCUCUCUUCACGGCCGCCGACUAUGUGGUCUGCGGCAUGAUGCUCUCCAUCUCUGCCCUCAUCGGCGUCUACUUUGCCUGCACCGGCGGCCGGCAGCGCAGCCAGGCGGAGUACCUGCUGGCUGACCGCAGUAUGGGCGCACUACCUGUCUCCUUCUCCCUCCUGGCCAGCUUCAUGUCGGCCAUCACGCUGCUCGGUGUCAGCGCCGAGAACUACACCUAUGGCACCCAGUUUGUGCUCAUCAACGUCUCCUACGUCAUCGCCACGCCCAUCGCGGCGCACUGCUACCUGCCGGUGUUCUACCGACUCUCCGAGUACUCGGUGUACCAGUACCUGGAGUACCGGUUCGGCACGCUGACUCGGAUGCUCUGUUCGAUGGCGUUCUCGCUGCAGAUGAUUCUCUACAUGGGGGUGGUGCUGUACGCGCCGGCCAUUGCUCUCAGCACAGUCACAGGUAUCAGUCUGUGGCUCUCUGUCCUGUUGGUGGGUCUGGUCUGCACCUUCUACUCCACACUGGGAGGCAUGAAGGCCGUCCUCGUCACCGAUGUCUUCCAGACCCUGCUGAUGUUCGCGGCCAUAUUCGCGGUGAUCGCGGUGGGCUGUGUGACCAUGGGCGGACCGGCAGAGAUCUGGCGAGUCGCCGAGGAGGGAGGCAGGAUCGAAUUCCUCAAUAUAUCCCCAGACCCCACGGAGCGGCACACGGUCUGGUCGCUCGGUCUGGGCGGCGUGUUCAUCUACCUGUCCCUGUACGCGGUGAACCAGGCGCAGGUACAGCGUCUGCUCUCCGUGGGCAGUCUGCGGCGCGCCCAGCUGGCCCUCUGGAUCCAGUGGCCCAUCCUGACCUGUCUCAGUCUGAGCACCUCGUUCGCCGGCCUGGUGGUGUACGCGCACUACCACGGCUGUGAUCCGUUCGCCACCGGAAAGGUCAAACUGCCAGACCAGCUGCUGCCGCGUUUCGUGAUGGACACGAUGCGCGACAUUCCCGGGCUGCCCGGCCUGUUCGUGGCCGGUAUCUUCUCCGGCUCUCUGAGCACCGUCUCGUCGGCCGUCAACUCCCUGGCCGCCGUCACCGUGCACGACUACGUGCGGCUGUUUCCGUGCUGGUCGCAGCAGCCGGCCGAGUGGGAGCUGCCGCUCACCAAGCUGCUCUCGCUCGGCUACGGCCUGCUGUGCCUGGCCGUCUCCUACCUGGUCUCAAAGGUGGGCGCCAGCGUGCUGACCGCGUCUCUGACCAUAUUCGGUGCCGUGGGCGGCCCCCUGCUCGGAGUCUUCACCCUGGGGAUGUUCUCCACCGGCGCCAACCAGCGGGGCGCCGUGGCCGGUCUGCUGGUCGGCCUGGCCAUCAACCUGUGGAUCGGGUUCGCGCCCAAACCGCCGGCGGCCACACUACCAGUCACCACCGACCUGUGCCGGAACGACACCCACGUGGCCGGCGUGGUGCUGCCGGCCUACGAUGACGUCAUCGACGGCAGCAGUGACGUCAUCAACGCCACGGCCGCCCUGGUGGAGGGCGCCAGUCCGCUUACUGACGACAGCGGCUCCAAGUACCUUUACCUGUACCGCCUGUCGUACAUGUGGAUCUCGAUGAUCGGGUUCCUGGUGACGUGCCUGGUGGGGCUGCUGGUGUCGCUGAUCGGUCCGCGCCGGUCUCCACCCACCCCGCCCGGUCUGCUCAGUCCGCCGGUGGCCUGGCUGAGAGGGAGGAUGGAGCCGCAGGACUCGUCACCCAGCCGUAUGAAGCUGAACGGCAGCAAUGUCGGCACGGAGAUGGACCAGUUCGAGGCCAAGACGUGGCUGUGACCGGGCGCUGGAGCCACCUCCGACACCGGAGGAGGAGAGGGUGAUGGAGCUGAGCGCCGACCCCAGUGAACCGUACUGAUGGGUCGGCGUCCAUCGGGUACCAGCACAAAACUGCGAGAGACUCAUCAGCGGCCAUGUCAGACGACAGAGCGAACAAGGACCAAAGAACGUGGUGAGAAACACUUGAGUGCCAGGCUGCUCGGAAAAGAGAAACUCAGAAUGGUAAGAAAGUCAUAAGGAAAAAACUCAGUGGUAAAAAACUCAGCUGUGAGAAGUGGAAAGUGAAAAACUCAAUCGUUGAGAAUCUCUGAGCGGUGAGAAACGGGCCACGAAAGGCAUUACCGUGAAUCUGUGUUUCACCGAUAGGACCUGUGGUGUUCAUUCGGUGUUUUUUUCUGAGACAGUAUUUGUUAUUUGUUCUGAAUUUACAUCGAGUUAUGUUUUGUAGCAUAAAUUUACCACGUUUUGAGCUUACCGGUUUUAAUUAUUUUGAAUGCAGGCCAUUUUCGCGCGUUUAUGUACUGUGUUCUUUGUCAGUAUUUGUGUACAUUUAUGUGCUAAUGUACGGCAGCAGUGAACUGCUUGCGGCGUCGGCGAACGCUGACAGCCAUUUGUUGUAGGCUUCGCUUCACCGUUGUUUGUUUAGUGGAUACUGGACAUAUUAACCUACACUGGUGAUAAGCGGGCUGACGGGGCUGUACCGGCGGUCCCCGCUAAACUGCUCCCGGUAAGAAACGUCGUGCAAUUAGAAGCCGUCCUGCGGUCCUCUUUUGGCCGCACUGACUUUUGAGGCACUAACCAGAGUGUCGUGGGAGUUGGAGUUGUCCGUGUAUGAUGUCGGACUCUGUAGAUUGUCCCAUCCCCGGGCCGGACGGCGCGGCACAUUGCGUGCCUGACCGGGCCACCCGCGUUGUUGGUACGUUCGCGCUGUGUAGAUGUGCGUGACCCCUGUCUCGUGUGUCGUCUCCCUCUGUCUCUUUGUGGCGUCCCUCGUUAUGGAGGUGUUAACCCGGUGAACCUGUGAUCUGUGCAGCUCUGUGGACGUGUCCCACUGGUCCCCUGAGAGCGGCGCAGACCGGGGGUCUAAAGAGAUUGUCGACGGUCAGACCCGGAUGUUGCCGAUACGGGACACCGGUGUUACGUGUUAUGUGUAGCCUGGGUGUUACGUGUCGCGUAACUCGGAUGUUACGUGUCACGUUACUCGAGUGCUACGUGUUACAGCACUCGGAUGUGUUACUUGACCCGGGUGUUCCUGCUAUGUGACUCGUGGGUGAUUUACCAGGCCCCUCGGAAGAAGCGCACAUGUCGCUGUUACAGAUCACCAGUUGUAUAUUUCGUCUGGUUCCAGUCAGUGACCAGUAAUUGGAGCAUUGCCCGCGUUUCCUAUAUUCGCUCAACAGGGGCAGUCGCUGAACGACACGGUACCAUUUCGAUAGCGCCUUCCGUGCAUCAGGAAUCUUGUGAAAGACACCCCUUUUAUACUGGCUUCCAUGUCGUAUGCCUGUCACCGACUAGCUACCUUGUUGGACUUUGCCUUGUUUCGUCUCAGCUAUCUCUAAAACGGUGCUGGAGAUAGGGCUGUCAAAUUAUCGAGAAGCGGUCGUGAAUUGUCACUUCGCUGGCAGCCGAACGCAGUAGCAGUGUAUACCAUCUACUGCAAUAGUUGUGUGAAGAAAUGUGUGGUUUGAACGAUAAGAGCUUGAUCAGUGUGGCCAUUAGACUGUGUUUUCGGUCGCUAGAAUAUGUUUUGUGAUUAUGCGGUCAGGUUUGUCUAACGAAGGCGGCUGUUUUGAUUGGGCUAGUAUUUUGUGUUCCGAGUUGGGUUGUCGAAACUAUGCCAUUUUCAAAUUAUACAUGACAUUUUCUCCAGUUCCGAUAAGCAGUGUUUGAUCUGUGCUUUCUUUGCAACCAAAUCAGAUCACAUUGAGAGUGUUUAGUGCGAUUUACGAAUCUCAUUUAUUCGACAUAUUUAGUUGCAAUGUAUUCACGUGUGCAAUGUGCGAUCUGUCGGGUGCUCACCGUUGUGCAGUGGGAUUACUGAGCUCCCACUUUCGCGCCUCUGUGUUUGAGUGCGGCAUUUGUACUCAAUGUCUUCCUCAGCGUGCCCGCGACGCGCCGAGCGCCGUACAUAUCUGUCGACUGGUGUGCCAUUUACGCAAUACAGCCACUGGCGUGUAAA